GGUCCCACUACUUUCGCCAUUGUUAGAAUGAUAGCUACUACUUUCCCCCGUUUCCCCCAGAUCAUCACCAUUAAUAAAAUCUCUGAAACUCCUCCAUUAAUUCAUCCUAAAUAGCGUCGAUUAAUCAAAUUUAACGCUUCACUGUUACACCCUUUUUUUUCUCUGUCCUUGCUCUCACUAAAAAAAAAUGUCUCACAAACUUUGUUCAGCCCUCUUCAAACGCCCAACUACAACCUUCCUCUUCAUACUUUUGUUCUGCAUUUUGGGGUUUUACAUCUUGGAUUCCGAGCCUCUCAAUCACAAAAGCAAUGAAACUAAAACCCAUAAAGCGUCGAAACCACCCACUGGUUUUCACGACACUUUUCUAUCUCUCUCUUCAAACUACACCGUUUCGGAAUAUCUUCGUUCUCUCACUCUUCACCCUCAUCUUGCUGGAACUCCUGAAGGUUAUCAGACUGCUCAGUAUGUUAAAACCCACUUCGAAAGUCUGAAUCUUGAGACCAAAGUGUCAGAGUACGAGGUUUUGUUGUCAUAUCCUGUGAAAAUUUCGCUAACAGCGCAUUUUAGCAAUUUGGGUAGUCGAGUAAUCGGGCUUUCCGAGGUGGGUUUUGAUGUAGUUCGUCCGUACCACGCUUACGCGCCGUCGGGGAAGGCAGUGGGUGCGGCAGUUUUUGCGAAUUAUGGGAGGGAGGAGGACUAUCGUGCGCUUGGGGUGAAUGUUAGUGGGAGUGUGGUGGUGGUUAGGAGAGGUGAGGGUAUGUCGAGAGGAGGUGUGGUGAGGGCGGCGGAAGGAAGAGGUGCGGCGGCGGUGCUAACGUACACUGAAGGGGAGUACGUUAAGGGGGUGGAGAGAGGGACAGUGAUGAAGGGUUUAGGGGACCCACUAAGUCCUGGUUGGGGGAGUGUUGUGGAAGGAGGAGAGAAAUUGGAGAGAAGUGAUACGGAAGUGGAGGAUAGGUUUCCUAAGAUCCCAUCAAUGCCUAUUUCUUUUGAGACAGCUGAGGCUAUUUUAAGGUCACUUGAGGGGCCUCAGGUGCCCUUAGAAUGGAGGGAUGCCCUUAAAAAUAGCAAUUUUAGGGCUGGUCCUGGCCCUACUGUGCUUAAUUUCACUAACCAGGUAGAGGACAAAAAUGCCAGAAUCCAUGAUGUUUUUGCUGUGAUCAGGGGAUCAGAAGAGCCAGACCGUUAUGUGCUUCUUGGAAACCAUAGAGAUGCGUGGACAUUUGGUGCUGUUGACCCCAAUAGUGGAACUGCUGUCCUACUUGAUGUUGCUCGGAGGUAUGCCUUUCUGAUGCGCUUGGGAUGGAGGCCUCGUAGAACAAUAAUUCUCUGCAGUUGGGAUGCUGAAGAGUUUGGGAUGAUAGGUUCAACUGAAUGGGUUGAAAAUAACAUAAUGAAUCUCGGUUCUAGGGCUGUAGCCUAUUUGAAUGUGGAUUGUGCAGUUCAAGGCCCUGGAUUAUUCACGAGUAUGACUCCCCAACUGGAUGAUCUUGUAAUUGAUAUUACAAAGAAGGUUCAGGAUCCUGAUGCUCCAGAUAUAACCAUUUAUGACGAAUGGACUGGCAGGAACAAAGGAAUCAAUAUCCAGAGACUAAGUGGAGUGGAUUCGGAUUUUGCUCCAUUCCUGCAGCAUGUAGGGAUUCCUUCUGUUGACAUGUAUUUUGGGAAAGAUUUUCCUGUAUACCACACAGCUUUUGACUCGUACGAUUGGAUGUCAACUCAUGGAGAUCCUUUGUUCCGUCGCCAUGCGGCUGUGGCGGGACUUUGGGGCCUCCUAGCCCUUCGCUUGGCUGAUGAUCCAAUUCUCCCAUUCAAUUAUAGUUCUUAUGCAAUGCAGUUACAGGAAUAUACAAGUAUCUUGAGCAAUAAGCUGGAAGGUCGUAUAUCUUUUACUCCUAUUUUUAAAUCUGUCAAAAAUCUGCUAGCAGUUGCCCAAGAAGUCGAGGAGGAAGCUAAGGAACUUAGAGUGGAUGGGGGGGCCUCUAGUGAUGUUAUAGUGCUGAAGAAAAGAAUGUUAAAUGACCGGUUGAUGCUUGCUGAAAGAGGUUUCUUAGAUGCUGAUGGGCUUCAAGGGAACCGGUGGUUCAAACAUCUGGUUUACGGACCGUCCAACAAAUAUGACAGCAACAUAGACUUCUUCCCUUCUAUAGCUAAUGCUAUUUCUCAAUCAACACAAGCAAAGAAAGAUAACCAAGCGACAAUUCGGCAUGAGAUUUGGAGGGUUGCCAGAGCUAUCCAAAGAGCGGCUGAUGCUCUGAAAGGGGACCUAAGUUAAUAGAAAAUGCGUGGAAGCUUUACUUUCACAUGCACCUAUUUAACCGUUGGCAGGUGAAAGUAUUGUUGUCAACUGGUCGAUCUCUGAGUUCUGUAUAGCUAGUGCCAACUUUGCAGUUUUGACAAGUGAACAAGACAAAACCGAGCGUAUUCCUCGUUAUGAGGGUUGCUGCGUGCUGUCAAAGAGAUCGAAGUAGGACAAGCGAGCGUGCAGUUUUUAUUUUAACAUAGCUGUUGAUUGGGGUGUAUGAUGCAUUCCUCUACUUUUCUGGUGAAAUGUGUUUCUUUCUGUAGGAAUCUGUAUGCUAGCAAAUACGGAGUAUUUAUUAGUGAAAUGGAGCCAUAGCCACUCGUGUCAAAGCAACUUAUGAGUUUUUUGUCGUUGUGAUGCUAAGAGCAAUAUUUAAUUGCAUUGCA